AUGUCAAGUCGUCGACUGGGUAAUAAUCUUAAUCAUAUUGAUGUUGAUGGAGACUGGGUGGAGGGAGUGUCAAAGGUGCGUAGUGUUGUUUUCUCUCAUUUUGCGGCUCAUUUUAAGACUCUCAAUGUUGAUAGACCAGUCGUGGAUGAUUUUCAUACUCUGUCGCAUUUAGACGGGGUGAACUUGAUUAAACCUUUUAGCAUGGAAGAAGUAAAAUCUGUGGUUUGGGAUUGUGACAAUUUUAAAAGUUCGGGGCCAGAUGGUGUGAACUUUAGUUUUAUCAAGGAGUUUUGGCCUGAGAAGAUGAUGUCAUGUGUUUCAUAUCAGAGUUUCACCGUAAUGAGAGGUCGUCGAAAGUUGUAUAAGAUUUUGGCCAAGUUGUUAGAAAAUAGACCGUGGGUGGUUAUUGGUGGUGUUAUUUCAUAUACUCAGUCAGCUUUUGUGAAAAACAUACAAAUUUUAAAUGGGAUCCUGAUAGCGAACGAGGUGGUGGAUGAAGCUCGUAAGUCGAAGAAGGAAUUACUGAUGUUUAAAGUCGGUUUUGAAAAAUCUUAUGACUCGGUGGACUGGGGGUAUUUGGAUUAUGUUAUGAGGAAAAUGAUGGUCGUGACUCUAUAG